GGACGGACUGAGGUAGAGUAGGUGGACGACACGAGUCGCAUUUGAUGGGGGAAUUGGAUUAGAUGAAAAAGCAGGAAAAGAAGUGCCGGAGACGGAAGGCGACGUAGGACAAGAACAAACGUAAUGUGAGGGGGUUUCGGCUGGAGGGAGGGCGUAGCUGUGGUGCUAGGGACGUUUGGCAACGGUUAACAGGUGCCGCAGCGAGAUCGAGUGAUUGAUAGGUUCGUGGAAUGAUUGGGUUCUGCAUUGAUUGAUCUUGUGGUUGAAUGGGGCAACGUUGUCAGUUAGUGGUAGGCACCAGGAGUUCAACGUAAGGCGGUGAGGAGGAGGGCGGAGAAACAGGAGGAGGAUCAGAAUAAAUAGAAGAGGAUGGCGGAUAGAGGAAGUAAAGAGAAAGGGCCAGUAGAGCAUGGAGAUGUUGAUCGUGGGGGUGAUGAUCAUGGGAGCGAAGCGAGCUUCCGUUCUCGUGCCGAUGGCGAAGAAUAUGAUAGCGAGAGCGACGGCGCCGCUGGUCUCGUACGUCGCCGACGUCACGGCGAAGCCAGCGGAUCGGAGGAUGAGGACGAUAGAGAAGAUAGAGAUGAACGCGAAUCCAUAGAAGAAGGUGCAGGGAGGCCACCUCUGUACUCGGACGAGGAAGAUGAUGUAGACAUCGACGACGACGGAAUAGGAGAGGUAGGAGCUUCGGAGUUCGAUGACGAAGUCAUUCUUGUGGACAUGGCGGCGAGGAGUAAACGACAGGAUGAAGAAAGGUUGAUGCUUCUGGAGGACGAUGAUGACGGGGAAGAGGAGGAUGGAAGGGGAGAUACGGGAGGGGAAGCCGAUCUUCUUGUCGAUGGACAAGAGGGAGGGGUGGGUUUGAGAAGGCAAGUUCCGGAAGGAGAUGAAGGCGGAGUAGCUGAGGAAGAUGAUUCUGCGGACAAUGACGAGGAGGUGCUGCGCCGAGAAGGGCAGUUGAAAAACACGGUGGGAGCUGUUGAGACCGAAGGGUUACAGGACAAAGCCAGCAAGAAAGAUGUCGAGCCGUUCGUUGUUCCGACAUCUGGAGCGUUCUACAUGCAUGACGAUAGGUUCCACGAGAAUGGAGGAGGAAGACCAAGGCGUAACCUUGGUGGUAGAAAGCUGUGGGAGGCCAAGGAUGACUCUCCCUGGGUGCAUGACAAGUUUGAAGAACUCAAUCUCCAAGAUGAGGAGUUUAACAGAUCUCGUAGUGGACGCGGCAGCCGAGGACACAGGGGCCAAGCACGAGGAGGCUUUGGUGUAAGAACUGCAGCAUUCAGGGGUGGAAAUGCCGGAAGGGGUAGAGUCCGAGGCAGAGGAAGAGGGCAAGGACAAGGAGGGCAAUGGAAUACAGAAGGAAAGCUGACAGAAGUUUCAUCAGCAAGCGGUUAUGGGUUACUGACUUACUAACUCAGCAUGUGAUUUUGAGGGCUUCACUCCUGUGCUCGCCAAAUGUGCAAAACUAGAAUGAAUCUUCUCCUAGAAA